AGUUAUAUUUUUGCUUUACAGGUGACCAUGUCUCAUAUUCUGGAAGGAUCAAGUGAUAGUGUAGGUGGUCUCAUCAUCCGUAAAACCAAGAAAGAGGAUGACUUUGUAUUUAAGAAGCCUGCCAUUCCAGUACGAGGAUCUAUUUUAGGUUUGGACAAACUUGCAGCUCUCAAGAGGAAAAUACGUGAAGAUGUUGAUUUGGAGAAGAGUAAAUUAAAAAGCAGAAGGCACUCUUCUUCUUCAAGUGAUUCAGACAGUGGUGGUGAUGAUGAUGAUGAGGAUGCUGUCUACAGAGAAAGGCAAGUGAAGGACAGUGAUAAGGGAAAGGAGAGAGAGUAUCGUUCUAGGUACGAUGAGACACCAACGUACACUGGUGGCGUUAAUAAGGAUAUUAAAGAUAAAAUUAUUGAAAAACAAAGGAAACUAAAGGAUAAAUAUGUUAAAGCAUCAACAAAAGAUAGAAAAAGGGAAAAAGAGGGGGACCAUAAAGAGAAGGAUGAGAAUAGGGAGAGAAGAGGUAGAGAUAAUGAAAGAGACAAGAGAGACAAGCAUAGAUAUAGGGACAAUUACUGGGAUAAAUAUUACAAAGAAAGAAGUGAUAGGAGAGAUUACAAUGACAGAAGUGAUAGACAGGAUGACUACAGUGAAAGAUCAGAGAGAUGGAUUGGAUCAGAUCAGGACUGGUCAGAGAGAUUCAAUAGAACGCCAAGGUUUUCUGAGGCCCCAGAAACUCCUAGGAUCCCGGGUGUCAAAGAUACACCCUCGCACUCAUCCUGGGAUGAUGAUGAAAAUACACCAUCAAAAAUGUCUUCGUGGGAUCUGCCCACUCCUUCAUCUUCCUCCCGCCGCUUAUCUCGAGACAACGAUUGGUCUAUACGCAGUGGUAACUGGUCAGUACGGGAGAGAUCUCCAUAUAUAAAAGCCUAUCAACAUGGUGACAAGACUCCACUGCCUACCCCUUCAUACAAAUAUAAUGCAUGGAUGAGUGAAAGAGUAGGGAGAGAGGAAAGGGAAUUUGAAAAUGAAGAAGAAAGAGAAAAGUGGGAGGAAGAAGAAAAAAGAUUAGAUCGACAGUGGUAUGAUAUGGACCAGGGUUAUGAUGACACAAAUAAUCCAUUUUCUGAUGUGUCUGCCGAAUAUGAAAGAAAGAAAACUGAAAAGAUUGAGAAAAGUAAAAGAAAGAUGAGUGCUAAACAGAGACAAAUUCAUAAAGACAAUGAAUUGUGGGAAACAAACAGAAUGUUAACUAGUGGUGUUGUACAAAAAAUUGAUUAUGAUGAAGAUUUUGAAGAAGAAUUCACUAAUCGAGUACAUAUUUUAGUGCAUAAUAUUGUCCCACCCUUCUUGGAUGGACGUAUUGUGUUUACAAAACAGCCAGAGCCGGUGAUCCCAGUUAAGGAUUCCACUUCUGACAUGGCUAUUGUGUCCAGGAAGGGCUCAGCCGUUGUCAAAGCUCGGCGUGAACAAAGGGAACGCAGAAAAGCUGCAAAAAAAGAGUGGGAACUCGCAGGCACACAACUUGGCAAUCUCAUAGGAGUCAAAAAAGAAGACGAGAAGGAUGACAGAAAAAUUGAAGAGGGUGAAACUGAUUACAAAGCUGAUCAGAAAUUUGCUGAACACAUGAAGGUAGCAAGUGAAGCUAGUAGUGACUUUUCCAGAAAAAAAACUUUCAAAGAACAACGUCAGUUCCUUCCAGUUUUUGCAGUGAGAGAAGAGCUCCUCCGUAUUAUUCGAGAGAACUCUGUGGUAGUUAUUGUAGGUGAAACAGGAAGUGGGAAGACGACACAGCUAACGCAAUACCUUCAUGAAGAAGGAUACAGUCAACUAGGCAUGAUUGGAUGUACACAGCCACGUCGUGUAGCAGCCAUGUCUGUUGCCAAGCGUGUAUCAGAUGAAAUGGGUACCCAUCUUGGAGAAGAGGUUGGCUAUGCUAUUCGAUUUGAAGACUGCACGAGUGAGAAUACAAUUAUUAAAUAUAUGACUGAUGGUAUACUACUUCGUGAAUCUCUACGUGAAAGUGAAUUAGACAAUUACAGUGCAAUUAUAAUGGAUGAAGCUCACGAACGUUCUCUGAACACAGAUGUAUUAUUUGGGUUACUCCGUGAAGUUGUAGCUCGUAGACAGGAUCUAAAACUUAUUGUUACAUCUGCAACAAUGGAUGCCCAGAAGUUUGCCACAUUCUUUGGUGAAGUACCUGUAUUUACAAUACCAGGGCGAACUUUUCCUGUGGAGUUAUUCUUUUCUCGCAAUGUGGUGGAGGACUACGUGGAAGCAGCAGUAAAACAGGCGCUACAGAUACACCUUCAGGCUGAGGAGGGGGAUAUUUUAGUGUUCAUGCCAGGUCAAGAGGAUAUUGAGGUAACAUGUGAGCUUAUUGUUGAAAAGCUAGAUGAGAUUGAUAAUGCCCCACAGUUGGCUGUGCUACCUAUAUAUUCUCAGCUUCCAUCUGAUCUUCAAGCAAAGAUUUUUCAGCGGGCUCCUGAUGGACUUCGAAAGUGUGUUGUUGCUACCAACAUAGCUGAAACUUCACUCACUGUAGAUGGCAUUAAAUAUGUGGUGGAUUCUGGAUAUUGUAAAUUAAAGGUAUUCAACCCACGGGUGGGUAUGGAUGGCCUCCAGGUAUACCCAGUUUCACAGGCUAAUGCCAAUCAACGUCUUGGUAGAGCAGGUCGUACUGGUCCUGGUAUGUGUUAUCGUCUGUACACCGAACGGCAGUACAAGGAUGAGUUGUUACCUACAACAGUCCCAGAAAUACAACGUACUAAUCUAGCUAAUGUUGUUCUUCUUCUAAAGUCUUUGGGCGUUGAAGACCUUCUUGUAUUCCAUUUUAUGGAUCCUCCUCCUCAAGACAACUUGCUCAACUCACAAUAUCAGUUAUGGACUCUUGGAGCACUGGACAACACAGGAGUUCUGACCAAGUUAGGCCGUGCAAUGGUUGAGUUUCCUUUGGAUCCUGCACUUUCCAAAAUGUUGCUGGCUGGUGUGGAGAUGCAUUGUUCUGAAGAAAUCUUGACUAUAGUAUCCAUGUUAUCAGUGCCAGCACUGUUUUACCGCCCUAAGGGUCGUGAAGAAGAGGCUGAUGCUAUGCGAGAAAAGUUUCAAGUUCCUGAAUCUGAUCAUUUAACAUAUCUUAACAUCUAUCGUCAGUGGCGUCUUCAGAAGUAUUCCAUGAACUGGUGCAAUAAACACUUCCUACAUUUCAAAGCCUUAAAGAAAGUAAGAGAGGUGAGACAGCAGCUCCACGAUAUCAUGGAUCAGCAAAAGCUAGCAGUAGUCAGCUGUGGUAUGGAUGAAGAUUUAGUUCGCAAAUGUAUUUGUGCUGCCUACUUCCACCAAGCAUGCCGUCUCAAAGGUAUCGGAGAGUAUGUUAAUCUCAGGACAGGAACUCCAUGUCAUUUGCAUCCAACCUCAGCAUUGUUUGGUAUGGGUUACACUCCAGAUUAUAUUGUGUACCAUGAGCUGGUUAUGACAAGCAAGGAAUUUAUGCAGUGUGUAACUGCUGUAGAAGGAGGUUGGCUGGCUGAAGUUGGAGAUAAAUUUUAUAGUGUUAAUGAAGGAGGUGCAUCAAGGAUGGAGAAACGUCGCCAAGCCUUGGCUCACAAGGCUGCUAUGGAGGCUGAAAUGGACAGAGCCCAGGAUACCCUGAAGGCACGAGCUGAAGAGAGGCAACGCAAACAAGAAUCUUCACGUCGACAGCAGGUGUACGAUAUUGGCACACCAAGACGUGCACAGUCAUCUGCUCGUUUUGGUAUUUAAAUAAACAGUAUGUGUAUAUACAGUGGACCCCCGGUUAAUGAUAUUUUUUCACUCCAGAAGUAUGUUCAGGUGCCAUUACUGACCGAAUUUGUUCCCAUAAGGAAUAUUGUGAAGUAGAUUAGUCCAUUUCAGACCCCCAAACAUACAUGUACAAACGCACUUACAUAAAUACACUUACAUAAUUGGUUGCAUUCGGAGGUGAUCAUUAUGCGGGGGUCCACUCUACUUUGAAAAUGUGAAACAAGAAAAAUUCUGAUACAGGAGUAAUGUUCUCAUUUCACAUAAAACUCCUGUUUAAGUCUAGAACAUUGCUUCAACAUGUUUGGAAUGAAGAGAGGUAUAUCUAGCUGGUAGAUGAUAGGUCUUUAGGCAUGGUUUAAUAAUGGAACACAGUCAUUGAAAAUUUUUUGACUGUUUAAAUGUAGUUAUAUUCAAUGAAAUAAAGAUACCACUUACCAGAAUUGGGACCUUCUUCAUUUAAAUAAUUUUUUUUUUAUUAACUUGCUGCAAAAACUGGCUUGCUCAAGAUCAAGGCCAUUCCAUAUUUUAAUUAAAAAAUGUGGAUUUAAGAAAAUGGCAUAUUGCAAACAUCCAUUUUCUUGAACUGACAAUUAUGCAGUCUUGAUUAUGUAUUGGGACAAAAUAAGAUUUGAUAAAUUGGGAGCCAUCCUUUUAAGUGCCAGUUGCUCAAGUGCUGGUUUUGAAGUAUUUGCCUCCUAUUACACUACAUGUUUAUAUUUGAAAUAUAGAAUAUCUGUAUGGGGAGUUUUAUGUCGGUAUUUAGUCUUGAUACAGUAAACCUCUAAUUAAUGGACCCCCUAUUUAACAGGUUACAGAAACUGUGAACAGAAAACAUUGGCCAGACAAACUGAAUCACUGGACAACUAAAGAACCUGUACCUGUCCAUGACCUGUCUCUAUUCAUUGUUACUUGAGUAAUAGGCUACCCAAGUCAGUUUAUUGUCUGUGCUCAUACACACUUGUCAUUCAGUCUAAUAUUCUCUGGAUCUGCAGUGUUUUGUAAGACUAUUGACAUUAAGUAAAGUUUAAUUAACAAUGGCUUCUAAAUUAAGUGGUGGUGGUGCCAAGAGGAAAUGCAUGGUCUUGUUGUUAAGCAGAAAUUUUAAUAAGGAAGGUUGAAUCUGGUGUUUCAAUGCUACGGGUAAGGAAUAUAGUGAUAAGAAACAGAUAGUUUACACCUCAUCUUUCCAUCACAUAACAGGCAAGUAAAAUUGCUGUAAAUUACGUACUAUGAAAUUACUACAUAGACAUUACUGUACUCUACUGUACAAGCACACUACUAUGUACAGUAUUGCAUUUUCAACUUCAUAUACAAUACAGUAUAGUACUGUACUUUCCAGUUUUACAGGUUCCAAUACCCAUAUUAGUGUCCAGUAGUCUUCUCAGUCAGCAGACCAAGUCUACUGAUUCAAAACUUUGUCCAUUUGUGUUACAAUCAUGAAAAAUCAGUUACAUAAUUUGGAAUCUACAGACAAUUGGCAGUAAUGUGCAUCCCCUCUCCCCUGUUAGUCCAUUAAUUAGAGGAUUCACUGUUUUUUACAGUAACAUUCUUAUGCAAGCACAUUUCUUUUUAUAUAAUUUUUACCGUGUGUUUAUGUAGUCAAAAUGAAGUCAUAAUAUUUUUGUAAAAUUACUAGUUAAAAAAACAUUGCAUUAUGAAAGAUAAUAUAGAUGUGACUUAUGCAUAUUUACUUGCAUGUGGGUACCGUACUGUUCUGUAUUUAAUAUUAAAAUUAUAAAAAGUCAAACAUUUUAUUUUUUUACUGGACUAGUGCAUCGGCCAGAAAGAUGUUGCUGCGUGAUCUUUAGGAGAAAAACAUAUUUUAGUGUCUUUGCCAAGAAUGACUGAUGACAUACCAGUGAGAUUAAUGUAGCAUCUCUAUUUGUGUACAGUACUGGUCUCUUGAGGAAGGUGCCUUGAUGCCACUGAGGGGCUCUUGAUCCAAGGAACUGGAUUUUUCCCUUAAGGUCAAACCUAAAUGCCUUCCAUUUCCCAAGUACUGUGUGAUCCCUAUGGGUUUAGUGCUUCUCUCCCCCCUUCGUUUUUAAAAUAAAUUUCACAGUACUGUGUAAAAGUUGUUUAAAAUAAUAUAUAUACGCUGAAUGCAGUCAUGCACUGUUUUCACAGCAUUGUCAAUGUAAAAUUAAUUAUUAAUUUGUAUACCAAAGGGGUAUUUCUGUUCAUAACUUUACAGCUUCUUUCAUACAGAUGUAAACUAUAAUUGUAUAUAAAGUAUGUACUGAAUGCUUCAGCUAAGUUGAAGCCACAUUAUAUUUACUUAAAUUUUUAUUACAUAGUAAAAAAAAAAAAAACUGAAAAAUGGUAUGUGUAAUUUAUUCUUUUUUUUUUAAUUGAUCAUAAUUGAUAUGCUGACUGUUAUAAUUAAAAUAAUUAUAGACUUAA